AGAUUUGGAAUUCCUCAGUUCCUUGUUAUCGUCGCCGUCCAGAAAUGAGCAGAGACACCAUCACCCUCCUCCGACGUCGUCCGCCCCCCAAUGCGACGGUGGUCCUCUGAAACGUCCUCGUUUUGACUUGGGCCAUGAUAUGCCAUCUGAAGGAGUUGGUCGAUUUAAUGGUGUUGGUGGUGGCAUGGGAAGACCAGGAGGAGGUGACAUGGGUGGUGGAGUUUUUCCACCAGAUUUUGGGCCAAAUGGUCAACAAGAUCCUAGCCGGGAGCUGCUUCCUCUACCUUCUAAUUGCUCAAUGAGGGAAGCAGCUCAUAUAUUUCGGCCUUUUUCGGGAUAUAAAGAAGUGAGACUUGUCACCAAAGGCUCAAAGCAGAGGAAUGGAGAUGCUAUUGUUCUUUGUUUUGUUGAUUUUGAAAAUCCUGCAUGUGCAGCAACUGCUCGUAACGCCCUGCAAGGCUAUCGAAUGGAUGAAGAGGAACGUGAUUCCAAGAUUUUGCAUAUCCAGUUUUCCAGAAACCCAGGUCCAAGACCAGGGCAACGUGGAGGAAGGAGGUGA